AUGCAGCUAGUUUUCACAGUGACGGUGGCGCUGGUUGCCGUGGUGACGACAGUGACGAUGAUGACAAUGGUGGGGGCGGAGUGUGGCGGGAACCGUCACUGUCACAAGGUGACCAGGAACAUCACUGUCACGGCCUGCGGCGUCAGCCAAAAUGUGGAAACGACAGUGUGUGAAGGGAACUGCUACAACCAGGACACAGUACAACCGAAACCUGUGAAGCCUAUGAAGCAGAAGGUGUGUGUAGGACACUGGGAGGUGGAGAAGAAGGAGUUCAAAAACUGUUUUGAAGCCGUGCCCAUCUGGAGGGCGCACAACUGUUCCUGCGGGUCCUGUCUGACCCAGAAGUGGAUCUGUGAGGGCCAUGACCCCUGCUCAUUCUGA